AUGGACUCACUCGAUGACGACCCGACCAGCUUCGAAGGCGUUUUGCCUGUGAUUCCACCCGACUCCCCUCCAGUGUACAAAGACACAAAAAGCAAUGCCGCAACUGGUGCCUCCGCCGCCGGGGUUCGAGCCUUCACGGCGCAGGCAGUGGCAUUCUAUUUCCGUGCCCCGGUGAAAGCUUUCUUUCGAACAAGAGUGGAUUACCUCGCGUACGCCAAAAGCAUCAACCCAGAUAUACAGAAUGGUCGUUGGUCAUGGCGGUCCACCACACCAGGUCUGCUGGCGACGGCGAUCAAACACUACGGUUGGCGCUUUGUGCCUGAGCAAUUGGCCCUGCCCUUGUUCGCGAAUGUGGCUGUUGGGGCAGCAUUGUAUACGAGUUACCUGCAGAUUUUGGGCCUGUUGCACGAGCCCUCGGCACAUGCCAGGAAAACGGUAUAUCCGCCUCCGUCGCCGCAGAGUACUUUUCUUGCGGGAUUUGCAGCGGGCACCAUCCAAAGCGUGCUGGCAGCUCCCUUGGAUGCCCUUCAAGUGCGAUUCGAACGGCGCGGGCCAAGAUACGAGGAUAAGACCAUGUGGGAAUAUGGGAAAGGGAAAUUAAGAGAGAUCGGAGCCAGAGGAAUAUUUGCGGGUUUUGGGCUGAGCUUCUUGAAGGAUAGCUUUGGGAGUGGUGUGUUCUUUUGUGCCUUUGAAUGGGUCAAGGCGCAGGGUUACCAUGGAUAUGUGCAGUGGUACUACGGCCACAAGCUCGCAGAAGGUUGGAACGGAGAAGAGCUUGGGAUGAGGGAGAAGAAGCCAAUCCAGGCGACGGUAGACGAGCGAUUAGAGUCGAAGAGCGACCCUGAGGCAUUGCUGGUUCGGCCACAUUACGCACUUGAACCGGCUUUUCUCAUGCUGGCGGGGAUUACUGCGUCGAUCGCUCAACAGGUCGUUCUUUACCCUCUUUCGACAAUCCAGACUCUUCACUACGAGCGGCUAGAAGAGCUCGACCAAAAGGCAAUGAAAAUUACCAAUGACAACGUUCCACUGGCAAAGCGUGGACGAAUGUUGAAGGCAUACUAUCACGCCUAUCAAGAGACUUGGAAACAGGCUCGCCUGCAAGCAGUGACUGAACGGGGAAUGAGGCGAUGGCUGUUCAAAGGCUUCUGGUGGUUCACUAUCAGACAGGUUCCGAGUACGAGUGCGGGAUUGAUCAUCUUCGAAUUGGUAAGGAGGAAAUAUGGCCAGGAGGGCUUGGGUGAUGAAGUCAGGAUAUCGAGCAAAGGAAAGUAUGAUAUCCUUCUUGUAUGA